AUUAACCAAAAGCUUAAUAAAAUUGAAUUUCGUUUUCUCGUUAAUGCUCUACAUUUUUAUUGGAUAAAAUUUUUAAUUUAAUUUCAAAUACAAUAUGGCUGGACUUAAAGACUUGUCGUUUUGGCUUUUCUUGGUUCGGUUGGAAUGACAUUGGUCAUUCUUAGCUGUGCAUCACCAACAUUUGGAGCUGUUUGGUGGCCAUUCUUUGUCGUUAUAUUCUACAUAUUAUCACCAUUACCUGUAUUGGUUGCGAAUCGUUAUAUGGAAAAUAAUAGCACCUAUUCUACAGCUGCCAAAGAUGUGGCCCUAUUUUUUACGGCCAUUAUUGUCAUCUCAGCAUAUGGUUUACCAAUUGUAUUGGCACGAGCACCUCCUGAAAAUCCUACGAUAGUACCCGGUGCUUGUGUUCUUGUAUUGUUGGGCAACACUGUCGUCUUUCUAACUAUUCUUGGAUUUUUCUUUUCAUUCACUCAUGAUGAAUCAAGUGGAUUGUUGUAAUAUCAUUUUUUUUUCUCCAAAUACGAUUUAUUCUUGAUACCAACAUGUAACAUUUGUUUGUGUGUGUGUGUGUUUGUUCCGGAUCAUCCACACCACAAUAGCAGAAUAUUGAUUGAGUUGAUUUUUAAUUAUUCCUUUCUUUCUUUUUUUUAGUAAGAAAAAGGUCUCAAAAAACCAUUUCAUUUUUAUUUCCAUGUAUCCAAUCAUUAUAAACAAAACAAAACAAAA